AUGGCUGCUCUUUUUUUGUUACUUCUAAUGUUUUUCAUAUUUUCAGUCCCCGCUUUUCCUCAUUCUCUCAAUCAUCUCUCUCAACAACAACAACAACAACAAUUGCUCUUGCGAUUCAAAGCUGUCGUAUCCAAAAACGGCAAUGCUCUGCCCGACUGGAUUCCCCUUCACCCAUUCUGUAACUGGUCUGGUAUUAUUUGUCACUCGUCUCAAUCUGUUCGUGCCGUCAAUUUAACCCAAAUGGGUUUAGAUGGCAUCAUCUCUCCUGUACUGGGAAAUCUCUCUUCUCUUCGAGCCCUAGAUCUCUCCAGUAAUUAUCUCACUGGUAUCAUUCCUCCUCAACUCGGCCAACUCCCAAAUCUAUGGAUACUCUUGCUGCAUCAGAAUCAUUUGCAAGGAACCAUUCCGCCCGCUCUCUCCGCUUGCCGCAGUUUGUAUUAUCUGGCACUCUCCUAUAACCAACUGCAUGGCAGCAUUCCGCCUGAGCUGAGCUUUAUCAGAAGUUUGAAGUACCUCUACUUGGGCGGCAACAAUCUCACGGGUACCAUUCCCCCCUCUUUGAAGAAUCUGUCUGCCUUAGUUGUAUUGGAUUUGGCCAACAAUGAGCUCUACGGCCACAUUCCUCCUGAAUUGGGCAUGCUCAGUCACCUCCAGACUAUUUACCUUUUUGGAAAUAGUCUAUCGGGCGCCAUUCCCAGCACUUUUCACUCUGUCCGUGCCAUCAAUUUAUCCCAAAUGGGUUUAGACGGCACCAAUUCUCCCGUGCUCGGGAGUCUCUCCUCUCUUCGAUCCCUUGAUCUCUCCUUCAACAACCUCACUGGUACUAUUCCUCCUCAACUCGGCCAACUGCCAAAUCUACAGAUACUCCAGCUGGCCGGCAAUCAAUUACAAGGAAUCAUUCCGCCCGCUCUCUCCGCUUGCCGCAGUUUGUAUCUUCUGUCACUCACCUUCGACCAACUGCAUGGCAGCAUUCCGCCUGAGCUGACUCUUCUAACAAGUUUGAAGUAUCUCUACAUGUGCGGUAACAGUCUAACGGGUACCAUUCCACCCUCUUUCAAGAAUCUGUCUGCCUUAGUUCGAUUGGAUUUGGCCUUAAAUAACUUAUCGGGCAACAUUCCACCUGAAUUGGGAAUACUAACUGACUUAGAGUAUCUUAGUUUAUGGGGAAAUCAGCUUAGUGGAAACAUACCAAACUCCCUGGGAAAUUGCUCCAGUCUCAAAGAACUUUAUUUAAAUACAAACCAACUUGGUGGAACGGUUCCAAUGGAACUAGGUAGGUUGAAGCUUCUCACCAAGAUUUACCUACACACCAAUCAACUCGUUAGUGACAGCAGUAACACAUUGGCCUUGGCCUUUCUCAAUGCUCUCACAAAUUGCUCCCACUUGCAAGAAAUAGAUGUGAAAAUCAAUUAUUUCACUGGUAUAUUGGCCCCGACCAUAGGCCAGCUGUCUUCUAAUCUCAAUUACUUGGCUUUACCAGCCAACAUGAUAAGCGGAAGCAUACCACAACAGAUUGUAAAUCUCGCAAACUUGACAUACUUAGGUUUAGAAAAUAAUCUUUUGAGCGGCAAUAUUCCAUCUGGAAUUAAUAGAUUUCGUGAGUUGGAAGAAUUGCAUCUGAGUGGGAACAAAUUAGAAGGAAGCAUUCCAAGUGAGAUAAGUCAUAUGCAACAUCUCGGACUCUUAAAUCUUAGUCACAACCAGUUAUCUGGAAAAAUACCUGAUUCACUUUGUAGCUCCCAGCAGUUAAGAAGUCUUCUACUUCAGCACAACAAGUUGUCAGGGGAGAUCCCUGUUAGUUUGGAGGGAUGUCAGAAGUUGGAGCUCCUUGACUUAUCUUACAAUAAACUAGGGGGAAAGAUACCUGGUGAAGUCAUUGCCAGCCUUAAAAACCUGCAGUUCUACCUUAAUAUUUCAUGGAAUUCUCUGGAAGGGCGGUUGCCGCAGGAGAUGAGGCAGAUUCCAGAAGGAGGGUUGUUUCAAAAUAGAACUGUUGUAACAUUUUUAAUGGGGAACCCUGGUCUAUGUGGUCCAAAACACUAUUCAUUGCCUCCAUGCCCAAAUCUGACCCAGGGAAAACAUUCCCUUCUCAAAAAAGUUGUCUUAUCAGUUGUUGGAACCAUUGGAUUUGUAUUAUGCUGCUUCAUUAUAGUAAUUUUAUGGAGGCAUAAACUUUCAAGGCAACUAGUCCGUUCCUCGAGCUUUAUUUUUCAAGGAAACUAUCCAAAAUUUUCUUAUCAAGAUCUGUUCAUCGCAACAUCUGGAUUUGACGAGUCAAACUUGCUUGGAGUGGGUAACUUUGGAUCUGUCUACAAAGGCAUGUUGAGGGAUGGUAGGAUAAUUGGCAUCAAGAAUCUUAAUUUACAAAAUGAAGAAGCUCUUAAGAGUUUUAAGAGAGAGUGCAAGAUGUUGGGAAGAAUUCGGCACCGUAACCUCAUCAGAAUCAUGAGUGCAUUUUUCUACCCUGACUUGAAAGGUUUGGUUCUUGAAUUUGCAUGUAAUGGAAGCUUGGAAAAACAUUUGCACCCUGAGAGAGAUGGUGAAGGCUUUUGUAAAUUGGGAUUGAGUGAGUGUUUGAGCAUUGCUGUUGAUGUAGCACAUGGCAUGGAAUAUUUACAUCAUGAUUGUCCUCUACAAAUUGUGCACUGUGAUUUAAAACCCAGCAAUGUGCUCUUGGAUGCCAACAUGACAGCUCUUGUCACUGAUUUUGGUAUAUCCCGUUUAACUUCUACAAAUUCCACUGAUUCACUGAGUACAACAACAUUUGCACUCAAAGGAUCCAUUGGCUAUAUUGCUCGAGAGUAUGGAUUGGGUGGGAAUGUUUCUAUUUAUGGAGAUGUUUAUAGUUAUGGAAUUCUGAUAUUGGAGAUGGUUACAAGGAGGAGACCAAGUGAUGACAUGUUUGUAGGAGACAUGAGCUUGCACAAGUGGGUGAGAUCAGCUUUUCCAAACAGACUGGCAGAAAUUGUUGAUAGGGAGCUAUUGAGUGAUGUGAAUGAAAACAUGGAAGACAAUAAAUGUCUUCUUUCUUUCAUUCAUGUUGGUUUGCUGUGUAGUAGUGAAUCAUCAAGAGAGCGACCUUCCAUGAGUGAUGUAGCGAAAGCCUUGGUGAGCCUGAAGACAUGUUUGAUGGGAGCUGCAGCUGCUUCCAAUUUAACAUCUACCAUAUCAGAACUCCUGGAAAAAUGCAAUCCCACAGAAACAUUGGCAUCGGACAGCUCUACAUUUUAG